UAAACGACAAAGAAAUUCUUGGAACUGGAAGUCGUGAAGUGAAUCGAAGAGGGCGGGACGUAGAGAGGAAUGUCUUAUCGAGUCGCAGUCGAGAUAAACAAAGAAUAGCGCAUGUUGUGUUGACGCAUCGAAACCAAUUCUGCUGUUGCCGUUGAAUGUCGAUGCAUGUAAUAAUUUCCAUCUUGAUAAUGUUACAUUGAGUUAUAUUCAAGUUACUCCUCGAAUCUCGUGUUUCAUUUCGUUUGAAUUUGUGUUGAAAAAUUGUCGAGUUGCCGUAUUGUUACAUUUUACAUUCGUUGAAUCGUAUGAUUUCCAGUUUAUAGACAUUUCCAAAAUGCAAGACAAAAACGCAAUUACGAAGCAUACCAGUGAUGGAAUUGAAGCUCUUGUUUGGAAAUCUCUACGGAUGGAUUCGACGUUUCUUAAGAUGAACAGAGACGAGAAGAAGAACGUUUUCCUCUUCAGAACGUUCAUGAGUCAGUUGAAUAAAUUAUCGCACGAUAACUGCUCUAAAAUAAAGGAUAAAAUGCAAAAUUUGCCAAUCGAUACAUUACCGAAAUUGCAAAAGGCUGUUGAGAUAAUACACGAAAAAGCCAUCAAUGAAAAAGUAUUUCGCUCGUUGUAUGCUCAAGUCUGCGAUCUUCUCAAAGAUAAACAAUUCACUGAUGAAACUGGAACCUCUGAAACGUUUGCUUCCUUAUUAACGAACCGAUGUAAAGAAUAUUUCGAUGUCGGUUUGACCGAAAAUCUUGUUUAUGAAAGAAGAAAAUUUGAAAUCGAUUUAAUCAGUUGUCAGGAAACGAGAAAACAACAAUUGAUGGAAGAGUGUCUCGAUGAAGAGAAUGAAAGCAGCAAACGAUUCGUUGGAAAUUGCUUUUUUAUCGCGGAAGUAUUCAAGUUUGGAAUGAUCGAAAAAGAAACGCUUCUCGAAUUAAUCGACUGUCUGUUCAAAUUAAGCGGAAAUGUUGCUGCUGAAUGUAUUUAUGCGAUUUUCACGACUGUGGGAAAAUUCUACGAAGAUAAUUUUGGUGGCAUGUCCUCGGUAUAUUUCGAUGAAAUUGAAUCCUUGCUAAAUGAAGACCUAUAUUGCCGCGCGUUCGUUUUUUAUUACAAGAUGUGUUGGAUCUAAGAAGAAAUGCUUGGCGUUCGAGGAUUCA